UACAGUCUGGAGCUACCUUUAAAAAAAAGCACAUUUGAAUUCAAAUAGUUCAUAUUUUAGCUUAGCGAAAUCAGUCUCUGAAGCUACAGGAACACGAGAUGGAGCCCGGGACUCCACAAAAAAAGAAGGUAUUUGUUGGAAUCAAGCUGAAAAAGAAGAAAAAGGAAGGAAGAGGUUUAUUUAUAGAAAACAAAGAUGCAUUAGCUGAUCUGGAUGACAGGGAUAGUGUGCUGGACAAGCCGGAAAUGAUCGACCAUGAUACCUAUGAAGGCAGUACUGAAAUUCCAUCCAGCAGUUUCGUCAGGAAUAUUUCUCCCAGAAAAAGAUCAAGACCAGUAACCAAAAUACACCCCACUGAAAACAAAGCUCAACAUUACCAGAUUGGUAUUACAAUCACCGAGGCACGACAGCUGGCUGGGGACAAUAUCGAUCCACAUGUUAUCAUUGAGAUUGGGGAAGAGAAAAAGCAAACAACAGUGAAAGAGUCAACAAAUUCCCCUUUUUACAAUGAGUAUUUUGUGUUUGAUUACAUUGGCCCAUCAGAAAUAUUAUUUGACAGAAUCAUUAAACUUUCAGUUUGGCAUUCCAAACUGAUCCGUGGAACACUGAUUGGAGCAUUUAAACUGGAUGUGGGAACAGUUUACAAUGAACCAGGCCAUCAAUUCUGUGACAAGUGGGCACCUCUUACUGAUCCUAGUGAUAUCAAAACUGGAGUGAAAGGCUACCUUAAAUGUGACAUCUGUGUCACUGGGAAAGGUGACAGUGCACCACCUCCUCUGAAAACUGCUGAAUCUGCUGAAGAAGAAAUUGAAAAGAAUUUACUUAUUCCAGUUGGAUUUCCAAUUGAGAGAUCAUGGGCAAGGUUUAUUGUGAAGAUUUACAAAGCUCAGGGACUACCGAAGAUGCAUUCUAGCCUCGUGGCAAAUGUAACAAAAGCAAUCAUGGGAGACAACAAGGAUUUUGUGGAUCCGUAUGUCAUUGUCACCUUUUCUGGUCAAAGGGGCCGAACAUCUGUACAGAAAAACUGUGCUGACCCUGUCUGGAGUGAGCAGAUCAUUUUCAAAGAAAUGUUUCCACCACUUUGUCAGCGAGUCAAAAUUCAGGUUUGGGAUGAAAGGAAUGUGAAUGAUGUUGCCAUCGGAACUCAUUACAUUGACUUGAAGAAAAUAUCAAAUGAACAGGAUGGAGAUAAAGGUUUUUUGCCAACUUUUGGACCAGCAUGGAUCAAUUUGUAUGGCUCUAUUUGCAAUUAUACCCUACUGGACGAUUACCAGGAGCUCAACGAAGGUUUUGGAGAAGGAGUAUCAUACAGGGGCAGGCUCCUGAUUGAAAUCGCAGUGGAAAUUCUGUCAGUGGGUGCAAUAGAUUCCAAAUUCUCUGAGCUUACAAUGGAGUUGAAGAUUGUACAAAAAGAUACCAAAUCUGGAAAAGACCAGAAGACAUCGGCCACAUCUGAAGAAUCCAAAUCCUUUAAUUCUUCUAACAAGACAAAUUCUACUGAAGUUGAAGUGGAAUCAAUAGACCCAUCUUCUUGGUCUGAUGAAGAAACUGUCCAGGAUUUUCUUCUGUUCGGUACAAUAUUUGAGGCAACAAUGAUUGAUAGGAAAAUUGGUGACAAACCAAUAAGCUUUGAGGUGUCAUUAGGGAAUUACGGAAAUGUCAUAGACGGAGUUUCUCCACCCAGUCCAACCAAAAGGCGACCACCAGAGGUGGAUGAUGGUGAAACUGUAUCUCUGUUGUAUGGCAGUGAGCCAGGUGACACGUCUCAGUCCAACAAAUCAAUGAGCACCCCUGAGAAACCAUUGCUAACUGAAGGCAACAGAUGUUACUAUUAUUUGCCAUUUAAUAACAAGAAACCAUGCAUCUAUGUCAAGAGUCACUGGGAGGACCAAAUCUUUCGGCUACACAGUUCUAACGUGCUGGGCAAAAUUGCUGACAGGCUUGAAGAAGGUUUGGAAGAAAUCAAAGAAUACAUGAAGGUUUCUGACUCUAUUGCGAAUAAGAAGAUGAAAGCUAUUCUUUGGGAAUUUAUAGUCAGAUGCAGAAAUUUUGCCAGCUUUACUGAAAAGGAAAUGGAAGGCGUUGAACAAACGGCCCUUGACAAGAAACGCUUCAGUACCAGCAGGAUGGAACUGGAACAGAUAAGCAAUGAAGCAAAGGCAGUGAUUCAGGAGAAGAAGAAGAUGUCAAUGAAUGAAUCACUGCGUGAAAUUCAGAACUGGAUGCAAAAGUUACGAUUUCUUGCGGAUGAGCCACAACAUACGAUCCCAGAUGUAUUCAUUUGGAUGGUCAGUGGCAACAAGAGAAUUGCAUAUGCACGGAUUCAAGCGAAGGAUAUCCUGUAUUCUGAGAAAAACGACGAGAAGGGGAAAAACUGUGGGAAGAUCCAGACUCUAUUUCUUAAGCUGCCAGGAAGGCGAGUAAUAGGGUGGCCGGUACAAGCAAAAGUGGAUAUUAACCUAUGGUUAGGUACAAGCAGAUACAUGGAUGCUAUUCUGGAAAACCUGCCCAAUGGAUUUGAUCUGGAAAUGCCAACCAAAACCAAUGCUGCAUUUCGGAAUUCCCCACCCCUCAAUAUUAUUUAUAAAGACCAUCAUAUGUUUCAGCUAAGGUGCCAUAUGUACCAAGCAAGAGGUCUUCUGGCUGCUGACAAUUCUGGUCUAUCGGAUCCUUUUGCUAAAGUGACUUUCAUUUCACAUUGUCAGACCACUAAGGUUAUUACCCAGACCUUGUCGCCAACAUGGAACCAGAUGCUCUUGUUCAAUAAUAUCCCUCUAUAUGGUGAAGCAAUGGAAAUAAGUGAGGCUCCCCCACUCGUGGUGAUUGAAGUUUAUGAUGAAGAUGCUGUCGGUAAAGCAGAUUAUAUUGGUAGCACUGUGGUUGUUCCGGUUGUGAGGCUGGGCAGACAAGAUUACGUACCCCCUGAACUUCGAUAUCACCCAAUGUACUCUGGCAGUGUACCUGCUGGGGAGCUCCUUGCAGCCUUUGAACUCCUGCAGAUUCCGGAUUCAGGAGUUGAAGACCUUCCACCUAUUGACGAACUGGAUGGAAAUCAGAUCUUGCCAGUACCAGUCAACAUCCGUCCUGUACUAAGCAACUACAGGGUGGAGGUGUUUUUUUGGGGUCUCCGCGAGCUCAAACGGGUGCAACUCCUGACUGUGGACCGGCCGCAGGUUUUCAUUGAAUGUGCAGGGAAAGGAAUCAAAUCUUCUGUCAUUCAGAGUUACAAGAGAAGUCCGAACUUUACCGUUCAGGGAGACUGGUUCAUUGUUGAAUUACCUGACCAUGAAUACCUUCACCCCCCACUCCGUAUCUCCGUCGUUGACUGGAGAGCAUUUGGCCGCAGCACUCUUGUUGGGACGCAUACCAUCAACUCACUGAAGCAGUACAUGCACAUACCUCGUGAACAUCGUCAACCAGCACGUAGACCAACACCGGGUAUUACUGAUGUAUCUUAUGCUGGACGACAAACACAGGAAAAUGAAGUCCAUAUAAACAUGAGUCCUGAUGCACCAUCUGAACAAAUGCCGGCAGUAGCUUUUCAAAAACGAAUGAAAAGGAAAUUAUCACGAAAGUUCACAUCAAGAAGGAAAUCAUCUGUCAUUCAAGACAGUGAGAAUGUCAUAGACUGGUGGUCUAAGUAUUAUUCUUCUGUGGCAAAAGCCCAAAAUGCAAAAUUGAAUAAUACAAGUAGCAUUCUGCAUGCUGAAGGAUACAAAAAUGCCAUCACUUUAGACGGUGAACAUGAUGAGAAGAGAAAGAGAGUUGGAGUUGUUGAAAAGACAACAUCACAAAAGCCUGAAAUUGCAACUUUUGAGGUGUACGAUAAAGAGUUAGAAGAUGAAUUUGAACACUUCAGUGAUUGGGUGCAAACAUUUGAUCUCUUUCGCGGCAAAGCAAGUGGAGAUGACUCCAGUCUAGAUGAUGAAAGAAUUGUUGGAAAAUUUAAGGGGUCGUUCCAGGUGUGGAAAUGUGUUGACAAUUAUGAUACAGAUGAACAAUGUAAAAUUUUACAAGGAAUGCCGUCAAACACCCCAGUCAAAGUAUUAGUUAGAGUCUACAUUGUUGCAGCAACUAACCUUUACCCUGCUGACCCUGAUGGAAAGGCUGAUCCUUACAUUGUUCUACAACUUGGAAAGACUGAAAUUAAGGAUCGUGAUAAUUAUAUCCCCAAACAGCUUAAUCCACUAUUUGGAAGAUCCUAUGAGAUUGAGGCUACGUUCCCGAUGGAAUCUCUGCUCACGAUAACAAUCUAUGACUUUGAUUUGGUUGGAACAGAUGACUUGAUUGGAUCAACUAAGAUUGAUCUGGAGAACCGCUUUUACAGCAAGUACAGAGCUACCUGCGGGCUACCAUACAAAUAUGAGAUAGAAGGUUACAAUGCCUGGCGUGAUGCAAUGAAACCAACUGAAAUCCUGAGCAGGUUAUGUAAGAAACACCAUCUCCAUGGACCCCACUUCAGAUCGGGAGAGAUUGAGGUGGAAGGCAAAGUCUUUGCGGGCAAAACAAUCUUUAUGGACAACGGUGAGGAGCUGAUAUCACAUGAACACUUGGCUUUAAAAGUGUUACAUCAUUGGUCAGAAAUUCCUGGGGUUGGAUAUAAAUUGGUUCCUGAGCACAUUGAAACACGACCCCUCUACCAUUUGGACAAACCAGGCAUGGAACAGGGCCGUAUCCAGAUGUGGGUGGACAUGUUUCCAAUGGACAUGCCUCCUCCUGGGUCUGCUGUUGACAUAUCACCUCGUAAACCAAAAAGGUAUGAACUACGAAUAAUUAUCUGGAAUACAGAAGAUGUUAUCUUAGAAGAUGAGAAUUUUAUUACUGGUCAAAAAUCAAGCGACAUCUACAUCAAGGGCUGGCUAAAGGGAAAAGAAGAUGAUAAGAAGGAAACAGAUGUGCAUUACAACUCCUUGACUGGGGAGGGAAACUUCAAUUGGCGUUUUAUCUUUCCCUUCAACUACAUACCUGCGGAGAAACAGAUGGUUAUAAGCAAAAGGGAGUCAAUUUUUUCUCUGGAUAAGACAGAACAUAAAGUCCCUGCAAUCCUAGUACUUCAAGUCUGGGAUUUUGAACGGCUUUCUUCUGACGACUUCUUAGGAUCAGUUGAACUUGAUCUGAAUGGAUUUCCUCGCGGUGCCAAGUCGGCUAAGAAAUGUGGCUUGGAUAUGAUCGAAGAGAAUUCUAGGGUUAAGCUCAUCUCAAUAUUUCAGCAGAAGCGACUGCGAGGUUGGUGGCCUUUGGAAAAGUCUGGUGAACUCACUGGCAAGGUUGAAGCUGAAUUCCAUCUGCUCACUGGUGAGGAGGCUGAGAGGAAUCCAGUUGGCUCUGGUCGCAAAGAGCCGGAACCAUUAGAAAAACCCAACCGCCCUGAUACCUCCUUCUCUUGGUUUGUAAACCCUUUCAAGUGUCUCUACUAUCUGAUCUGGAGGAACUACAGGAAGUACAUAAUAAUUGGAAUAAUUUUGAUAAUCCUCACAUUAUUUAUUUUGUUAUUGAUCUACACAUUGCCCAGUGCAAUAAGUACAAGGAUAAUAAAUGGAUGAACUAAAAAUUUUUUACUUGAAAUGGAAGAACUCUUCAAAAAUGCCUUUUUUGUCUUAAGUUGAUCAAAGAAUAUUAACUAUGCUUUGGGCUUUAGCUUUCUGUAGACAUGAAGUUAAAUAACUGUAUAAAUUGCCAUUUAACAGUUCAUUCGUAAUGUAUUCCAUUGGAUGAUUUUUUUCAAUCGCAAUGCAAUCUAUUUGAACUGAAAUUUUUGUAACAUUCUAGCAGUUGUUUAAUUUGUCAUGUUAAGACACAUAUUUGCUAAAUUGCAAUUAGUAGCAUAAAUACAAAUAGCUUAGUCCUUCCUCUGUAGUGUUGUGUUUAUUAGACCAUAAUGUAAAGAUUUCUGCUUCAUCCUAGAAUUAGGUAAUGUGUCGGCUGUUAGUAGAGUAGAUCCCCACGAUCCACUGUGUUAAAGCAACAUUUCCAUUUUUUCUAAGUUGCUGUAAAGUAUAGGAUUUCAGUUUCAGAAACAGCAAAAGUAAAUAAUUGUGGCAGAAUUCUAGUGAGAACAAAAUAUUUCAGACUUAACCAAGCUUGGUAUAAAUUCGCCUUUACUAUGAAGUGGUAGAUGAGUCCCUUGCUUUGGUGAGGCCAUCAAUCUAUAUGGAUGAAGCAUUAAGAUGUUUCCUGCUACCUGAAGCCUCUUGUCUGGCAGGCACAAAAGCCUUGCCAGUGUCUCUGGAGAAGAUAGGACUCAACUUACUUACCUUCAACCAGAGUGUAUUGGCUAUGAAAGUAAAACAUGAAGGGAAGUGCAGAUAAAUAGGGAGACAUCAGAAAUAUAUCACAAUUUAAAAUGUAGAAGAAUAUUAAAAUUAGCUCCAAUCCAGUUGGGGUUGUGAAUAUAUGAAAAGAAAUAAUCUUUGUGAUCUGGUUAUUGAAGAGGUUCAGAUAAUGCACUCUUAUGGGAUGUGUGAAUCUGAAUGUGAUUGGUUCCAAACACAGCACAAAUCCAGAAGCUAGGAAUCUUUGCUAAGUCUGUUUGUUAGUGGACCACACAGUCCUUCAACACUGACUUGCCUUCCUGACUGGAGGAGAUGUACAAGCAGCCAAGCUGAAGAGGUAAUUAUAGCUGGGACAUUGUAUCAACAACGAGCUUGUUUACAAUGAGUGGCUAGAACACUUUACAUAACUAAAACGUUCAGCUUUGUUUUUCAGAAGAGGAAUUCAGUUUUUAUAUUUCUUAAGGUUGAUGGAAAUGCUCGGGACUUUGGGUGAAAGGAGGCUGAGUUCUAUUGACAGUUGCACUAUGUAAAAGAAAUGAAACAGCAUUCAGUGAGUUAUUGUGUUCAUCUGACUUUACUAUGAAAUGCAAUAUCAUUAAUGGAAAACAUUCACCUUCUAGGGGAAACUGUAUAAAAUUCCACAAUCUUAUUUCAACACAAAAUAUAUUAGAUAAAUUUAACUGCUCAUGAUGUCUUCCAUACCUAUUUCUUAAAUAAUAUUAUUUCUAUUCUUUUCCAACUCCAAGUUGUGUAUUACUACAAAAUUGAGAUUUUUUUGUUAACAGCAUUUAAAACUUCUUUGCUCUUUUGUUCAACUGAGUUUUAGCUGUUUAGAAGCUCAGGAUGGUUUCACAUUUAGUUUUAUUUAUUCACGGGAAGUCUAUGUCUCUGGCCAGGUCAGUAUUUAAAGCUUAUCCCUAGUCACACAGAAGAUGCUGGUGAGCUGCCUUCCUGAAUUGCUGCUGCCCUCAGGCAGUAAGGACAGCCUUGGAGCUGUUAACAAGGGGAGUUUCGAGAUAUGAGCACGGUGACACUGAAGGAAUGGUGAUACAGUUUCAGAUCGGGUUGGCGUGUGACUCAGGUGAAAUUGCAGGUGAUAGUGUUGCCACAGGCUACUGCCUUUCUCCUUUUAGGUGCUAAAGGUUUCAGGUUUGAAAGAUGCUGGACUUGCCUUUGUCAGUAAAUGUAGUGCAUCUUGCAGAUGGUACAAAUUACCACUAUAGUGCACUAGUGGCGAAAACGGUAAAUGUGGACGUUGGUGGAUAGGGUGUGAAUCAAGCAAGCUACUCUGUUCUGGUUGGUGUCAAGCUUCUUGAGUGUAGUUGGAGCUACACUCAUCCAGGAAAAUAGGGAAUAUUCCAUCACAGUCAUGACUUGUGCCUUUAUUAGUCAUAGAAUUUUCAGUCUUGACCUGUUCUUAGAACCACAAUAUACAGAUGAUCCAUUUCAAUUUCUGGUUAAUGGUAACACCCAGUCUGUUGAUAGAGAGGGAUUCAGUGAUGAUAACAUGUUUGGAUGUCAAGCAGUUAUCAUUAUAUCCUCUCUUGUUGGAAGUGGUCAUUGCUUUACAUUUGUAUGGCAAAAAUGUAUAUUUGCCACUUAUCAGCCCAAACCUGCACACAGACUGCAUUAAUAUCUGAGGAGUGUCAAAUAAUCCUGAACAUUGUGCAAUCAUCAGUGAACAUCCUCACUCUGACCUUAUGAUUGAGGGAAGGUUAUUGAUAAAGCAGGUGAAGGUGAUUAGGCCUUGGGCAUAACUCUGUGGAACUCCUGCAGAGAUGUAUUGGAACUAAGGUAACUGAACUUCAACAGCCACAACCAUUUUUCUUUGUGCCAGGAGUGACUCCAACCAGGAGGGAGAUUUCUUUUGCAUUCCCAUUAACUCCAGUUUUGCUGGGGCUUCUUGAUGCAAUACUCCAAAAUGAGUGCCAGUGAGCAGAUUAUAGAUAAUCAAGCACUGCCUGAUAGCACUGCCAAUGACCUUUCACUCACUUUACUGAUGAUCAAGAGUAGACUGAUGAAGCAGUAAUUAGCCAGAUUUGAUUUGUCCUACUUUUUGAGGAUAGGACAGGUGUGGACAAUUUUCCACAUUGACAGGUAGAUGUUAGUAUAGUGUCUCUUCUGCAGUAAAUGUGCCUACUCCAACUGAAAGGAUUGUGUAAAGCAAUAGUUACAAAGACAAUUGUGAAUUUAGCAAUGGUUGCCAAAAUACCAUAAAUUGAAUAAGUAAUGCCAUGUAACUUGAGACUUGAUAGAUGACCAUUGGUUGAUCAGAGUGACCUUGAUUUUACAAGCCAGUUGAGAGUUGAACGUUCGGAAUCAAUAUUGUAGCCAGACUUCUGGAGAAUCGUCGCCAAGAUUGAGUGGGCAGCAGUAAGGAAUUCAUAGCCUCUUCAUCCUUUUUGUCAAAGCAAUGCAAUAUCUUCCUUAAUGAUAAGCUGACAUAGCACACAUGGCUUGUAACUUAUUUUGACAAAUGAAUAUUAGUUGUACACAAAAUGACUGGAAGAUUUUAGCAUAUUGGCUAAUAACUAUGGCAAUCAUAGACAAUUUCAUGCUUUGAAUACAAAUGUUUCUUCAAUAUAUUUUAAAGAAUUUGCACCCAAAAUAUUAACUUGAGUGUUCUAUUCACCAAUAACUCCCAAUAUUUUCAAGUUUUGGCUCAGUGUUCUAGAAUGUUCAGGUUUUAAAUUCUUGUUUGUAAUGCUAACACAACUGCCUUAGUAAAUGAUAUAUUAUUUGCAAUAUUUUGAAGUUAGUCCUUUUAAUUGGAAU